AUGACUAGUGAUCUAGCAUACAAAGAUGAAAACUCUAUUGAGGAAAAGGAUCAAUCCAAUGACAUAGUAAAUAUAAAGGAUCUGGACUCUGAUGAUGUACCCAUCGGUCAAAGACUGGCUCCAGGAAUAGCUAAAGGAUUGAAAAAUAGAAAAGGUCAAGCUAUUGAAUCCUCCAGCACACCCUCCAAAUCUCCCAGGAAAAGAGCUAGUGUUGGCCCUACAAAAAGAUGGAGAAAGGUAGUUACUCCUGUUUCUAUGAAGAAAUCUCUUAAGAGGAAGGAAGUUCCUUCUGAGUCUAGUGAUUCUGACCAUGAUGCCGAACACAAUGUUCAAGACAUCGUUUCUACUGCCAGAAAAUUAGCACUGGAAAGGGAAUUGGGAAAAAAUGCUUUUGAAUGCAAAGAGGUGAUAAGUCUGAUUCAAGAGGAUGGAUUAAUGAAAACUCCGACUGGAUUUGGCAAGUGUUAUGAAAUACUUGUUAAAGAGUUUAUUGUGAACAUCUCUAAGGAAUGUGAUAACAAGAGGAGCAAGGAGUUUAGAAAAGUAGAGAUUAUUACUAAACAAGUAAAGGAAUGGACAAGGAAAGGGAAGUUGUCUGCAACUUCCUUAAGUGUGAAGUAUGUUAUACUUCAUAAAAUUGGAGUUGCCAAUUGGGUUCCAACCAAUCAUAUUUCCAGCAUUGCUACAAGAUUAGGCAAGUUUAUUUAUAUUGUAGGGACCAAGUCAAGUUUUGAUUUUGGAUCCUAUGUCUUUGAUAAAAUUAUGAAGCAUGUUGCCUCUUAUGCUGUGAAGAUGCUAAAUGUUUUUUCCUCAUUAAUCUGUGGUGUUAUUAUGAGUCAACACCCAAGUAUCUUAAUCAAUUUUAAUAGUGUCUACAAAAGAGACCAUCCUCUCUCAUUGCAUUAUAGGUUGUUCACUAGGAAACAUGUUCCAGAUAUUGUCAUGACAUCUGGACAAACAUCUUCUAGGCCUACUACUAGAACAUGCAUCCUUGUUGAGCUAAAAGAUACAUGCAAGACCUUGAAUGAAACUAUCAAAAGUUCUACUUAG